UCCUCCAGCACACCCACCAUGGCCGCCUCCACCAUGUCCCUCUGCUCCAGCUCUUGCCCAGAGUCCUCCUGGCAGGUGGACGACUGCCCAGAGAGCUGCUGCGAGCCCCCCUGCUGCGCCCCCAGCUGCUGCCAACCCAGCUGCUGCCAGCCCAGCUGCUGCACCCAGGCCCCCUGCCUGUCCCUCCUCUGCACCCCAGUGAGCUGUGUGUCCAGACCCUGCUGCCAAUCAGUCUGCACCCCCUCCUGCUGCCAACAGUCUAGCUGCCAAUCUGAUUGCUGCAGCUGCUCCCCAUGCCAGCCGUCCUGCUGUGUGUCCCUCUGCUGCAAGCCCGUGUGCUGCAAGCCUGUCUGCUGCAAGCCUGUGUGCUGUGUGCCUGUCUGCUCUGAGGCUUCCUCCUCCUGCUGCCAGCAGUCUAGCUGUGAGCCCUCUUGCUGCUCCUCUUCCCCCUGCCAGCAGUCCUGCUGUGAGCCCUCUUGCUGCUCAUCCUCUCCCUGCCAGCAGUCCUGCUGUGUGUCCCUCUGUUGCAAGCCCGUCUGCUGCAAGCCUGUCUGCUGCAAGCCCGUGUGCUGUGUGCCCGUCUGCUCUGGAGCCUCCUCCUCCUGCUGCCAGCAGUCUAGCUGCCAGUCUGACUGCUGCAGCUCCUCCCCCUGCCAGCCGACCUGCUGCGUGCCCGUCUGCUGCAAGCCCGUCUGCUGCUACAGACCCUCCUCCUGCGUGUCCCUGCUCUGCCGCCCCGUGUACAGGCCCGCCUGCUGCGUGCCCGUCUCCUCCUGCUGUGCCUCCUCCUGCCAGCCCAGCUGCUGCCGCCCGACCUCCUGCAUGUCCCUGCUCUGCCGCCCCACCUGCUCCCGCCCGGCCUGCUGUGGUGUCUCCUUGGGCCAGAGGUCCUGCUGCUGACCGGCCAUGUCCCCAGGCCAGUGGGCUCAGGUCCCUCCUACCACCCGGGUGUCCUGACCCCAGCCUGCGGGAGCCCACACAGAAGGACCAGCUCCUGCCCUUCCUCCCUGUCCAGCCCAAGUCUGAGGCCUGAGCCCUCCCUGGCUGCUCUCCGGCCCCGCCCAUGGGAGAGCUGGCUG